AUGCAGAAAGAAAUAUUUAUAGACAAUGAAAUAGAUAAAAGAAUCUUAGAUUUAGUUGGUGCAGACAGUGAUAGCCCGAUGAUGGCUGAAGCCGGGAAAAACGCCGACCUCCGGGAAAAACGCCGACCUCCGGGACAAACGCCGACCUCCGGGACAAACGCCGACCUCCGGGACAAACGCCGACCUCCGGGACAAACGCCGACCUCCGGGACAAACGCCGACCUCCGGGACAAACGCCGACCUCCGGGACAAACGCCGACCUCCGGGACAAACGCCGACCUCCGGGACAAACGCCGACCUCCGGGACAAACGCCGACCUCCGGGAAAAACGCCGACCUCCGGGAAAAACGCCGACCUCCGGGAAAAACGCCGACCUCCGGGAAAAACGCCGACCUCCGGGAAAAACGCCGACCUCCGGGAAAAACGCCGACCUCCGGGAAAAACGCCGACCUCCGGGAAAAACGCCGACCUCCGGGAAAAACGCCGACCUCCGGGAAAAACGCCGACCUCCGGGAAAAACGCCGACCUCCGGGAAAAACGCCGACCUCCGGGAAAAACGCCGACCUCCGGGAAAAACGCCGACCUCCGGGAAAAACGCCGACCUCCGGGAAAAACGCCGACCUCCGGGAAAAACGCCGACCUCCGGGAAAAACGCCGACCUCCGGGAAAAACGCCGACCUCCGGGAAAAACGCCGACCUCCGGGAAAAACGCCGACCUCCGGGAAAAACGCCGACCUCCGGGAAAAACGCCGACCUCCGGGAAAAACGCCGACCUCCGGGAAAAACGCCGACCUCCGGGAAAAACGCCGACCUCCGGGAAAAACGCCGACCUCCGGGAAAAACGCCGACCUCCGGGAAAAACGCCGACCUCCGGGAAAAACGCCGACCUCCGGGAAAAACGCCGACCUCCGGGAAAAACGCCGACCUCCGGGAAAAACGCCGACCUCCGGGAAAAACGCCGACCUCCGGGAAAAACGCCGACCUCCGGGAAAAACGCCGACCUCCGGGAAAAACGCCGACCUCCGGGAAAAACGCCGACCUCCGGGAAAAACGCCGACCUCCGGGAAAAACGCCGACCUCCGGGAAAAACGCCGACCUCCGGGAAAAACGCCGACCUCCGGGAAAAACGCCGACCUCCGGGAAAAACGCCGACCUCCGGGAAAAACGCCGACCUCCGGGAAAAACGCCGACCUCCGGGAAAAACGCCGACCUCCGGGAAAAACGCCGACCUCCGGGAAAAACGCCGACCUCCGGGAAAAACGCCGACCUCCGGGAAAAACGCCGACCUCCGGGAAAAACGCCGACCUCCGGGAAAAACGCCGACCUCCGGGAAAAACGCCGACCUCCGGGAAAAACGCCGACCUCCGGGAAAAACGCCGACCUCCGGGAAAAACGCCGACCUCCGGGAAAAACGCCGACCUCCGGGAAAAACGCCGACCUCCGGGAAAAACGCCGACCUCCGGGAAAAACGCCGACCUCCGGGAAAAACGCCGACCUCCGGGAAAAACGCCGACCUCCGGGAAAAACGCCGACCUCCGGGAAAAACGCCGACCUCCGGGAAAAACGCCGACCUCCGGGAAAAACGCCGACCUCCGGGAAAAACGCCGACCUCCGGGAAAAACGCCGACCUCCGGGAAAAACGCCGACCUCCGGGAAAAACGCCGACCUCCGGGAAAAACGCCGACCUCCGGGAAAAACGCCGACCUCCGGGAAAAACGCCGACCUCCGGGAAAAACGCCGACCUCCGGGAAAAACGCCGACCUCCGGGAAAAACGCCGACCUCCGGGAAAAACGCCGACCUCCGGGAAAAACGCCGACCUCCGGGAAAAACGCCGACCUCCGGGAAAAACGCCGACCUCCGGGAAAAACGCCGACCUCCGGGAAAAACGCCGACCUCCGGGAAAAACGCCGACCUCCGGGAAAAACGCCGACCUCCGGGAAAAACGCCGACCUCCGGGAAAAACGCCGACCUCCGGGAAAAACGCCGACCUCCGGGAAAAACGCCGACCUCCGCACUCUGUGAUGUUGUUAGAGUAA